GCGGGCGCUCACCUGCGCUCGCAGCGUCGCCGCCGGGCUCUUCUAAGCCGGUGUGUGAGUUCCCGCGGCCGCUCUUCGCGUCCCUCAAUCCCCGCCGUCCCUGCUCGGGGUCGGAGCCCGGCGUCCCGCGCGCGUGGUUAGACAACAUAGGGCCUGCGGCCAUGAAGGCAGCGAAAGCUAAGACGCCCAGGAAACCUGCAAUAAAAAAAGGAUCCCAGACUAACCUUAAGGACCCAGUUGGGGUGUACUGUAGGGUGCGCCCACUGAGCUUUCCUGAUCAAGAGUACUGCAUAGAAGUGAUUAAUAACACAACUGUGCAGCUCCAUACUCCUGAGGGCUACCGGUUCAACAGAAAUGGAGACUAUAAGGAGACUCAGUACUCAUUUAAGCAAGUUUUUGGCACUCAUACCACCCAGAAGGAACUUUUUGAUGUUGUGGCAAAUCCCUUGGUAGAUGACCUCAUUCAUGGCAAGAAUGGUCUUCUGUUUACUUAUGGUGUGACAGGAAGUGGGAAAACUCACACAAUGACAGGUUCUCCAGGGGAUGGAGGACUGCUUCCUCGAUGUUUGAACAUGAUCUUCAACAGCAUAGGGUCAUUUCAAGCUAAACGAUAUGUUUUUAAAUCUAAUGAUAGAAAUAGUAUGGAUAUACAGUGUGAAGUUGAUGCCUUAUUGGAACGUCAGAAAAGAGAAACCAUGCCCAUUCCAAAGACCCCUUCUAGCAAACGACAAGUAGACCCAGAGUUUGCAGAUAUGAUAAAUGUACAAGAGUUCUGCAAAGCAGAAGAAGUUGAUGAAGAUAGUGUCUAUGGCAUUUUUGUCUCUUAUAUUGAAAUAUAUAAUAAUUAUAUCUAUGAUCUAUUGGAAGAAGUACAGUUUGAUCCCAUAAAACCCAAGUGGAAUGGUUGCAGUACACCUAUGAGGAACGCAGAUUCUGUACUUCCACAAUCUAAAAUGCUCCGAGAAGACAAGAACCAUAAUAUGUAUGUUGCAGGAUGUACAGAAGUAGAGGUGAAGUCUACUGAGGAAGCGUUUGAAGUUUUUUGGAGAGGUCAGAAAAAGAGACGAAUUGCUAACACCCAUUUGAAUAGAGAGUCCAGUCGCUCCCAUAGUGUGUUCAACAUCAAAUUAGUUCAGGCUCCCCUGGAUGCUGAUGGAGAUAAUGUUUUACAGGAAAAAGAACAAAUUACUAUCAGCCAGUUGUCUCUGGUAGAUCUUGCUGGGAGUGAAAGAACUAACCGGACUAAAGCAGAAGGGAACAGAUUGCGUGAAGCUGGUAACAUUAAUCAGUCCCUGAUGACACUAAGAACAUGCAUGGAAGUCCUGAGAGAGAACCAAAUGUAUGGAACUAACAAGAUGGUUCCAUAUCGAGAUUCAAAGUUAACCCAUCUGUUCAAGAACUACUUUGAUGGGGAAGGAAAAGUACGAAUGAUCGUUUGUGUGAAUCCAAAGGCUGAAGACUAUGAAGAAAGCUUGCAAGUCAUGAGAUUUGCUGAAGUAACCCAAGAAGUUGAAGUAGCAAGACCUGUAGACAAGGUGAUAUGUGGCUUGACGCCAGGGAGGCGCUAUAGAAAUGUGGCUCGAGGAGGCCCAGUUGGAGAUGAACCAUUGGUUACUGAAGUGAUUCUGCAGAGUUUUCCACCAUUGCCACCAUGUGAACUUCUGGAUAUCAAUGAUGAGCAGACUCUUCCAAAGCUGAUUGAAGCAUUGGAGAAACGACAUCACCUACGACAAGUGAUGAUUGAGGAGCUUAACAAACAAUGUGUUAAUUUUAAGGCUUUGUUAAAAGAAUUUGACAGUGCUGUUUCAAAUAAAGAAAACUACAUUCAUGGAAAACUAAAUGAAAAAGAAAAGUUGAUCUCAGGACAGAAAUCCGAAAUAGAGCGACUGGAGAAGAAAAAUAAAACUUUGGAGUAUAAGAUUGAGAUUUUAGAAAAAACAACUACGAUCUAUGAAGAAGAUAAACGUAAUCUGCAGCAGGAGCUUGAAACACAGAAUCAGAAACUUCAGCGGCAGUUUUCUGACAACCGCAGAUUAGAAGCCAGGUUGCAAGGCAUGGUUACAGAGACGACGGUGAAGUGGCAGAAGGAGUGCGUGAGUGAGCGUCGGGUGGCAGCCACCCAGCUGGAGAUGCAGAACAAACUUUGGGUCAAAGAUGAAAAGCUCAAACAACUGAAAGCUAUUGUUACUGAACCCAAACCAGAGAAGCCAGAGAGACCCUCCCGGGAGCGAGACCGGGAAAGAGUCAUUCAGAGAUCAGCUUCUCCAUCACCACUGCCUCUUUCUAGUAACAAUAUUGCUCAGAUUUCCAACGGCCAGCAACUCAUGAGCCAGCCGCAGCUCCAUAGGCGCUCUAACUCUUGCAGCAGCAUUUCUGUAGCUUCCUGUAUUUCGGAAUGGGAGCAGAAAAGUUCUCCGUACAGCACACCUGUCAAUGUCACAUCUAUUGCAAGGCGUAGGCAGCAGGAGCCAGGACAAAGUAAAACUUGUAUGGUGUCAGACAGAAGGCGAGGGAUGUGCUGGACUGAAGGCAGGGAAAUGGUUCCUACAUUCAGAGCUGAGAUAGAAGUAGAAGAGGACCGUUGCUGCAGGAACACACCAAUUCCUGUCCGACACAGACGGUCCCGCUCUGCAGGGAGCAGAUGGGUAGAUCAUAAGCCCGCCUCAAACGUGCAAACUGAAACAGUCAUGCAGCCACAUGUCCCUCAUGCCAUCACAGUGUCUGUUGCAAAUGAAAAGGCACUAGCUAAAUGUGAGAAGUACAUGCUGACCCACCAGGAACUAGCCUCCGAUGGGGAGAUUCAGACUAAAGUAAUAAAGGGUGAUGUUUACAAAACGAGAGGUGGUGGACAAGCUGUCCAGUUUACUGAUGUUGAGACUUUAAAGCAAGAAUCACCAACUGGUAGUCGAAAACGAAGAUCGUCCACAGUAGCACCUGCCCAACCAGAUGGUACAGAGUCUGAAUGGACCGAUGUAGAAACAAGGUGUUCUGUGGCUGUGGAGAUGAGAGCAGGAUCUCAGCUGGGACCUGGAUAUCAGCACCAUGCACAACCCAAGCGCAAGAAGCCUUGAACUGACUGCCCCAGUAGCAGAAGAACGAUUCGGUUCCUGUUGGUGAUUUCUCCAAAGCAUUGUUGAAAGCAGUCUGAGCUUUGCAGAAAUGCAGCUUUGCAGAACAAUACAGACCUCAACUAUGUCAUACUCUGGCCUAGAACAAAGCCUUCCUAAUGUUUCUAAAGACACCCAGGAUUCAACAUUCUUUGUGUAUUAUAUGCCUUGCCAUAUUUAAUAUUAAUAGAGAAAGACACGCCCCUUCACAUUGCUGUAUGAACUAUUUUUAUAAUGCUAUUUUUGUAUAUUUCUUGUAUACUUAUAAACUAAUUCAUGCAAGUGUUUGUCUUGGGUAAUUAAGGACAAAUGUAUCUAGAUCUCAUUUUUUAUUGUGACUUUUCCAACUGUUUUGAAUAUUAAGGUUUUAUAAAGAAAUACAGCUAUUGAUUAGCUGCAAGAAUGCACUUUACACAUAUUUAAUGAUUCAGACUUUCAAAAUAAAGAUAAUUGGCCAAUGACAAAACCAUUUUAGAGUGGUGUUUAGAAUUCUAUAUGUAUAUAUUCAAUUUCUGACUUUUAGAUAUGCUAAAAGAAUUAAAAAGCAGUAAGAACUGCAAAGUUGUGUGGCCGCCAUUCACUCAACACAUUCCCAGGCACCUGCAGUGUUGUUUAUCUGGUACUUGUUAUUUGUGGGAUGCAAGAAAAGAAAGCACUGGAUACAGAAA